AUGGGUAAGAACAAGAACAAGGGAAUCGUGGAGACUGUUUCACUGGAAACAGUUCCAGAAACUAGUGCUACGCUUCAUCAUCAUAUAGACCCAACAAAGGAAGAUUCACCAGCAGAUGAAAAUAUGAGUGGUUCCAGUAGUAAAAAAUCAAAAAGAAGAAAGAAGAAGAAGAGUAAAGAGGAAGCUUUGGGUGAAGAUGAGAAGACGUUGGAUGUUUCAGCAAAAAACACUGACGAAGAUCAACUGCAUCCACCCAAGAAUCCUUUGUCAAACAUUACAGCACAAGAAGAUUCGUGCCAACAAGCUCAAGAUUCAUGUGAAAAGCCUGGAGAUUCAGAGCCAGGUGCUCUUGAUAUGACUUCUUCUGAGGGAACGAAAAAAAGAAGAAAGAAAAAGAAAGCCAAGGAUAUAAAUGCGCUGGGGGAAAACAGUGUUGAUACCAAUUCGGAGGUUACUACUAAAUGCGAUGCUAAGCACAAUUCUGAAGCUCAAGGAUCAAAUUUGAAGAGUAAGAAGAAAAAAAAUGUUGAUGGUACUGUGGUAAACGGUUCUCUAAUAUCCAAGGAUGAUACAGAGGAUCAGCUAGAGUGCGCAGAUGCCAAAGCUGGUGAUACUGUGUCUGAGACUCAGAAUCCUAAAGCCAAGAAAAAGAAGAGGAGAAAAACUGAAACAGUGGAGGUAUCCGAUGCAUUAGAAAAUACUCUAGCAACCUCCAUGGAGAGUGGGCCAGUAGAGUGUAUGGAAACUGCUGGCGUAUGUGAAGUAAAGAGCAAAAAACGGAAGAAAAAGAAGAAGACGUCAUCGACCGAUCAGGAAACUGCAGAUAUGGAGGUCUGUGAUCCAUCAGAAAGUACUUUACUAGGCACCAUAGAGAGUGGAUCAGUAGGGUGUUUGCUGGAUCAUUCAAACAACGAAGUUAUGGAACAUUGUGAUAAGAAUGAUGGCGAAGAGUUUGUGGGCGAGGAUAGGUUGAGUAAAACUGAAAAUUCUGCAACAGGAGAGAUAUGUGAACCUAAACAAAAGAAGAGCAAGAAGAAAAAGUCUUGUGAACUAACUGAGGAAGUUAGUGAACCUAAACAAAAGAAGAGCAAGAAGAAGAAAAAGUCUUGUGAACUAAGUGAGGAAGUUGGUGAACCUAAACAAAAGAAGAGCAAGAAGGAGAAAAAGUCUUGUGAACUAAGUGAGGAAGUUAGUGAACCUAAACAAAAGAAGAGCAAGAAGGAGAAGAAGUCUUGUGAACUAAGUGAGGAAGUUAGUGAACCUAAACAAAAGAAGAGCAAGAAGGAGAAGAAGUCUUGUGAACUAAGUGAGGAAGUUAGUGAACCUAAACAAAAGAAGAGCAAGAAGGAGAAGAAGUCUUGUGAACUAAGUGAGGAAGUUAGUGAACCUAAAAAAAAGAAGAGCAAGAAGAAGAAGUCUUGUGAAGAUCACGAAACUGACGAUAUGGAUGCCGAGAAGGAUGAUGUUUCUGUACCUAGAAAUGAGGGAGAAUUAGAAGUAGACAGGGAAAAGCUUGAUACACAUCUGUCAAGUUCUGUCUUAAUACACGAUAAUAUGACUCAAGGAGUUGUUGCUUCACAAGAAACUGCAGAUUUACCUAGAUGCUCAUGCAAUGGUCAAAGUAGCAGAAAAUUGGUUGUAUUUGAUUUGAACGGAAUCCUUGCAGAUAUUGCUCGAGGGAACACGGGUAAAUGUGUUCCAGAUGGUAAAAUAUCUUCCAGAUCAGUUUUCAAGAGACCUUUUGUUGCUACUUUUCUUGACUUCUGCUUUGAGAAGUUUGAUGUUGGGAUAUGGUCUUCUAGACGCAUUGGGUUGGAUUAUAUGACCCACAUUGUCAUGGGAAAUCAUGCGAGAAAUCUACUAUUUAGUUUUGGUCAAAAUAAAUGCAUUACAACAAAAUUCAAAACCCUGGAGAAUACUACUAAACCUCUGUUUCUUAAGGAUCUGAGAAAAGUCUGGAAUCGUUUUGGGACAUGUCUUAGUUGUAGAAAACAAAAGUAUGAUGAGACAAACACUUUGCUUGUAGACGAUUCACCUGACAAGGCAUUGUGUAAUCCUCCACACACUGGCAUUUUUCCUUUCCCGUACCAGUACACAGACCGUGAAGAUUCUGCAUUGGGACCUGAUGGUGAGCUAAGGAAGUACAUGGAGAGGUUAGUGGAUGCGGAGAACGUUCAGAAGUUUGUGGAAGAGAAUCCAAUUGGUCAAUCUGCAAUAACCGACAGGCAUGAAUCAUGGAGUUUCUACUCUAGGGUCAUCGAGGCACAUAAAAAGUAAAAUCAAUCCAGGGGAUUUUUGACUGAGUAACUCCUCUAUGUUUAGUUGCUUCUUGAUAGCUUACAACUUUCAAUGUUCAUUCGGAGAUAGGAUUAUGCUAGUUCUAGAGAAAAACUGUACUAGUGAAACUUUAUCUUGAGAAAUGUACUUUUAUUUAUCUCUUGUGUUCUACAAAGACUAACUCUUCAAUUAAUGGUUAUGUAUUAAAAAAUUUCCCACAAUAGUAAGAAACAAAAGAAGCUAAUCAUGCAUAAUGGCUGUGGAGCUAGCAAUACUGUGUUAUACGAAAAUAAAAUGUGGGGGAGAUAACGUAGAAGAAAAUUCAAACUCUUCCUAGUUAGUUGGUGACCUAACUA